AUGCUUCCCUCUGCACGACUUGCUUUCCGCCACACGCUGCGCCGCAGCACCGCCUCGUCCCCCGCGGGCGGGGUGCACGACCGCAGCAAGACGAUCGGCUUCAUCGGACUCGGCGCCAUGGGCAAGGAGAUGGCCAACAAUCUGCUCACCAAGACGAUGGCUGCCAACUCGGAUCCUGCGGUGACGUUUGUGGUGCACGAUACUUUCGAGCAGUCCAUCACGCGCUUUCUCACCGCCAACACCUCGCUGCAUCCGAAGCGCAACAUCAUCGCCGCCUCUUCGCCGGCUGGAAUCGCCAAGCUGUCGGGGACGAUUGUGACCAUGCUGCCGUCGUCGCCGCAGGUGGAGCAGGUGUACACGCAGGAGAACGGCAUCCUGGAGGGACUCGAGUCGCACGCCUCUUCCAACGACCCGCAGGCUUCGACGCUGUGCAUUGACUGCACCACGCUCGAUCCCGCUGUUGCUGUUGAAACCGCGGCCAAGAUCAAGAACGCCAACUCGCACGGUGUGUUUGACAUGAUCGACGCACCCGUCUCUGGCGGUGUUGUCGGUGCAAAUGCCGGCACACUCAGCUUUAUGGUUGGUUCCGAUUCCACCGAGUCGUUCCAGCGCGCCGAGCCGUACCUGAGUCUCAUGGGCUCUCGCACCAUCCACUGCGGUAAGAACGGCAACGGUCUCAUCGCCAAGAUCGCCAACAAUCUGCUGCUUGGUAUCUCGAUGCUCGGUGUGACCGAGGCGAUGCUGCUGGGCACUGCGCACGGUCUGCCACCCUCCGUACUGGCAGGGAUCAUCAACACGUCGACGGGCAAAUGCUGGUCGUCUGAAGUCAACAACCCCUGCCCCGGAGCACUCGAGGGCACAAAGUACUCGCCUCCCGCCGACCGAGACUACGAAGGCGGUUUCGCAGCACGUCUCAUGGCAAAGGACCUCAAACUCGCCAUGAACACCGCCAAGCUCGAAGGCGUUCCUACGCCGCUCGGACAACUCACCGCAAGCAUCUACGAGGCGCUUGGUGGAAACGACGAGUACAUGAACAAAGAUUUUGCCGUCGCUUUCAAGGCGCUCCAGGCUGCUGUUGGCCGCGAAGAGUUCCGUCAGGGCCGCGAAAAGGUCUAA